CUCUUUUUCAAUUCUCCCUCUCCCUCUCUCUCUCUCUUUCUUUUGCUCCAUACUUACACAACCUUGACGAAAACCAGAUCGAAACACGACAACGCACUACAUACCUAUUUCUCUUUGGAAAAUAAACGGGUUUUAAAUGCACGCCAACGAUUCAAAAUACAUUAAAGAAGUAUGGGCAGAAAACUUGGAGGAGGAAAUGGCAUACCUCCGCGACUUAGUAGAAGAGUAUCCAUAUCUUGCCAUGGACACGGAAUUUCCAGGCGUAGUAGCAAGACCUAUUGGCACGUUUAAAACGUCUUCAGAUUAUCAUUAUCAAACGUUACGAUGCAAUGUAGACCUCUUAAAAAUCAUUCAACUGGGUGUAACCUUUGCGGAUGAACAUGGCAAUCUGCCACGUAAUGUGUGCACUUGGCAGUUCAAUUUCAGGUUUAACCUAUCUGAUGAUAUGUACGCACAAGACUCGAUCGAACUACUCACCAAAUCCGGCAUUGAUUUUAAAAGGCACGAAGAAUACGGGAUUGAUGUGGAACAUUUUGGCGAGCUGUUGAUCAGCUCAGGCUUUGUGCUUUUGGACGAUGUAAAAUGGAUAUCAUUUCAUAGUGGGUAUGACUUUGGUUAUCUGCUCAAACUCCUCACGUGCUCAGCAAUGCCGGCGGAUGAAUCCGAGUUCUUUGAUAUCCUACGAAUCUAUUUUCCAUGUAUAUACGACAUCAAGUAUUUAAUGAGGAGCUGUAAGAAUCUGAAGGGAGGGUUGCAAGAUAUUGCGGAUGAUUUACAGGUGACACGGAUCGGGCCACAGCAUCAGGCGGGUAGCGAUAGUCUACUGACUUGCACAACGUUUUUCAAAAUGCGACAAAUGUUCUUUGAUGAUCGAAUCGAUGACCAAAAGUACCUUGGAUACCUGUAUGGUUUGCGAAGCAGCCCAACGGUGGUCCAAUCGCUCGUUAAUGCAACGAGCAAUAUGUCGUUAAACUCCACACCGUCGGAUGCAGCAAGUGUAGUGAACGGGAAAGCAGUGUUAAAUGGUGCCACCAAAACCGCAUAACCGUUCAUCUCUGCUACUUUCUCCCAUUCUAUUUUCCAUUACACAUCUUUUUACCUCUUGCCAUCCGUCGUUCAUAUCCACAAGCUACCCAAACCCUUCCGUUACGUUUUUCUUUCGUGUUCUAUAACUUCUUUUUCUUUCAGACAUUACAUAUACAAACGCACGCACACUCUCACCUAAACAUCAUUUACCCUCUCCUCUCGCUCUCUUCUCACAUAAGCACGCGCAAACUUCCCUUACUGUGCUCCUUCUCUCCUCUCUCCACACGCACACAUACGCACACUGCCACAUGCGUACUCACACAUUAAAUAAAAUGUUAUUUU